UUUCACACUGCGCCUGCGCCAUUUGGAGCAGACGACAUUUUGGACGUUUCCGUGUUGGGACACAGGACCAGUUCCUCUUCAUUUUUCACCCCAAAUUGUUCUCUCCCCCUGCAUAACUCCAUCGACAGAUUGUAACGUUUGAUCGCUGUACCUUGGGAGAAAGCAGGGUCAGACUCAAACAUGUGUAUUCUUUUCGUGAAGUUUGAGCCGGCCUGUACCGUUACCGCUGCCCCAGGUGACCGGUACAAACUUGUCCUGGCUGCCAACAGAGACGAGUACUACCACCGGCCUGCCAAACCCGCGCACUUCUGGGGAGAAAACCCGAGAGUUGUGAGUGGCCUGGACAUGGAACCGGGAAGGGAAGGAGGCACCUGGAUCGGUAUUGCAGAAACAGGCCGGCUGUCAGCCCUGACCAACAUCCUGCAGCCUAUACAAGACCCCAACGCUAAAGGCAGGGGAAGUCUCAUCACUGACUUCCUAAGAGGGGACCAAACACCGAUGGCUUAUCUCGAAGACCUUGCUAAAGAAGGUCACCUUUUCAAUGGUUUUAACCUGGUGACUAUGGAUCUGACUCAAGACACGGGUCUGGCCUAUUACAGCAAUGUUUCUCAAGAAGGUCCAAAGCUCUUGUCUCCAGGCCAGUAUGUCAUCAGUAACUCCCUACUUCACACACCAUUUCAAAAGGCAAACAACGGGGAGAAGUUGUUCCGGGAGAUUCUACAAGACAAGGAGGAGGGUGACAAGGAUGUUUUUAUUGAGAGUCUCUUGCAACUUCUUGAUAACAACGUGCAAUUUCCUGAUGACCCACAAGUGAAGCUGCAGGGAACUCAUUUGUCGGAAACUGUGCGACAUGGGUAUACUGCCAUCUGUGUGCGGACACCAAAACGAGCGAACUACGGGACAAGAACCAAUACAGUCAUUCUAGUUGAUCAGAAUGAUCAUGUCACAUUCCUUGAGAAGACAUUGAAACAGCCUAUAGAUAUUGACAAUCCUGAGUGGGAGGUGAACAAGUUUGAAUUUGAUCUCAAGUGUAGGCUGACUAAAUCGCACAUCUAGCAGCCCUCCCACUGGUCAGGCAGGGUGGACAGUGCAAGGUUGUUACAUACAUAGAUAUCUCAUUACAUCUCAAGAGAAAAAUCCUACAUUUAAGAAGUGAAGAAACAAGAAUAUCACAGUUACUAGUAACAAAAAUGCGUGUGGAAGAAUACAUUUACAAAUCUGACUAGUGUAAGCUUUCAGACAUUACAAACCAGUACAGACAUAUAUAUGUAAUUUAGUAAAACCCAUCAGUCCUCAACAAAAUUUUCUAAUCAUGAAGUCCUUUUAUUAGAAAAGGUG